CAUAGCACAAAACAGCAGAAGUAGAGAGAGACAGUGUAGAAGAAACACGUGAGUUUGUGAUUAACUAAAAUACUUUGAAGGAAUGGAAUAAAUGACACCUAUACAGCUUUUUAGAAGAAACAUGUUCAUUUGCAAACAGGUCAUUUGUUCAUAUGCAAGUUACGGGAUGAGAAAAAGCGCGCCAACCUAACAGUUGCUUCAGCUGAUGUUAUUGCAUUGUACACAUUAACAUUAAAGUAAGCACUAUUAAAUACAUUAUGUCAGAGUCCACGACCCCUGGAAAAAAGGGCAAUUUGACCGGAAGUGCCAGAAAAUUAAAGGACGACGCUGCAGAUUGGCAUAAUCUCAUCAUGAAAUGGGAGCGAUUAAAUGAAGAGGGAUCCACGAUUGCGACUAAAAUUGUUAAUCUGGGAUUGAGCAAAAAAUCAGAUAUUGAGCCUGAUGUUGUGAUGGAAGGAGGCCGUUUGGCGGCUGGAGACUUCUCACAGAAUCUGAAACGGAGCAAUCAAGAGCUGGAGGAAGAAUGUGUGAAGUUACAAGACGUUGUGGAUAAAAUGGCAAACAUACUGUUAAAGAUGGAGAAGAUGGUCCAUGCCGAGUGCGGGAUCUGUGAAUUAGAAGCGUUCCAGUGUGGAGAGAGAGGAAGAGCAGCACCACUGUUUCACACGUGGUCCACUCAACAGUUUGUUGAAGCUUCUUCCAAGCUUUACGAGUCAUACAAGCAGGAGUUGGCGCUGAAGAAGACUAUACUACAAGAAUUGGCCCACACUGCUAAUGCUGAUCUUUCUAUGGUCUACCUGUCAUCAUGGCUGUAUCAACCCUACAUUGAGGACAGUGGAAAACUGCUACUAGAGAGUUUGCUAUUGGAAACAGGUCACAGACCUUUAUGAUUCAGUCUGUGCAAGAGGACUAUGUAAAUAAAUUAAAAGCAUAUAAUGACAUGUAUACAGCUUUGAUUUAAUCGGUUUAACCUUCAAAUUUAUUUCUCAAAAAUAUCCUCUUUUUAUACUGUAUUACUUCCCUGUAAGCAGUCUGUACCAUACAAAGUCUUAACUCCAUAAACUCACUCACAAAAGUUUUAAUGUCAUAUUUGAACAUGUCCCUUUGUAUUAAAAAUGCUGAGAUGUUUCAAAAACACAGUAAAUCAGAUAUUAUAUAAAAAGUAAUAAAAUAGUGCAACAACUUUUCAAAUGACUUUUGCACUAGACAAACUUCUAAAGAACAGAAACAAUGGAACAUCUGAGGCUGCAGUUUAAGAUUAUAAGCACCUCAAGUCUUCUCCGUUUGUUUUACAAAUCUAGAGCGUUUUCUUACUGCUUGGAGUGGCCAGUUAUCAAAACCGAAACAUCCCAUCUCAAAAUACCAUGUUUGUAGGUCAGACCUCUAGGGGUCAACUAUUUUCAGCCUUAAGAUAAGGGUUAAUUCUCGAACAAAUGAACGUUCAAAAGUGUUUGAAUAAAUAAAAUGUGAUAGGGUACCAAUUUAAACUGUAUUGUAACUACAGCCUGGUUUUCUAACAAAAAGGAACGGUUAUGUACAGAUGUCACUGGAUGGCCAGCUAAGUGUACACAGUAUCACAAAAAUCAUACCACAGCUUUUACUGAACCUCACUGGAGUCCAUAACUUAGUUUUGGCAGAUAGUAUUUUCUUUUCUCCCAUCUAUGCAUGUUGUGAAAGAUUGAGUUUCCAGAAUGAAAAGCACUGGAUUCCCUCCACGAUUUAGUGUGUUGUUACAAGUAUUUCCCACCAUGUCAUCACUUUCCCUGUGAGAGGUGUAAUGCGCAGCUACAUAGUCAUGGACUCCGAAACCAAUGGUUAAGAUAUGCUAACAUAAGUGAACAUUCUCUAAAAUUGGAAAUGAACAAUGACUUCUUUGUAUAAACAGAAAAAACACUAA